AUGUUGUCAUUUUGUCAAUAAAUGGGACUGAAAAUUGACGGCGACGACUGCGAAAUUAUCAGAAAAUCUGACAACCAGUGUAAAAAUCUUUUAGAUAAUUUUAUCGUUGGCUGUGCAAAAGUCGAUAGUCAUUAUCUUAUGAGAAAAACGCAGCAUAAGAACGUAAAUCUUCAUUGUCCAUAAAAUGCCUGUGUCUCCGGGAAUCUUUUGAAGCCAGCAGCAAUAUCUGUAGCAGCAUGUACGACAGCACAUGCGGAGCCGCCGCCACCGGCCAGUGCGGCAAGGGGCAGCCCGAUGGGGACGGGCCACCGAAGCGGGAUCCGCCGCCCGCACCGAUCGAGCGGGACUACAGCGGGUUCGACAUCGUCAAGGCGACGCAGUACGGCGCCUUCGCUCGCGUCAAGGAGCUCGUGGAAGCGGGCUGGGACGUGAACCAGCCGGACCGCGAGACCGUGACGCUGCUGCACUGGGCCGCGAUCAACAACCGCCGCGAGAUCAUCCAGUACCUGCUGGCCGCCGGCGCGGCGGUGGACGCCGUGGGCGGCGAGCUGCAGUCCACGCCGCUGCACUGGGCCACGCGCCAGGGCCACCUGGAGGCCACGGUGCUGCUGCUGCGCGCCGGCGCGGACCCGGCGCUGCGCGACGCCGAGGGCUGCGCGUGCCUGCACCUGGCGGCGCAGUUCGGGCACACGGCCGUGGUGGCGUACCUGGUGGCGCGCGGCGUGCCGGUGGACGCGGCCGACGCGGGCGGCAUGACGCCGCUCAUGUGGGCGUGCUGGAAGGUGGCGGCCGUGGACCCCGCGCGCCUGCUGCUCACGCUGGGCGCGUCCACGCGGCCCGCCGACCGCUCGCACGGCAACACGGCGCUGCACUGGGCCGUGCUGGCGCGCAACACCACGGCCAUAUCCACUCUGCUCCUCUAUGGUGACGCUAGCUUAGAUAUCCCCAACCUGCGUGGUGUCACUCCACUAGCCAUGCUGCAAAGCAAUGCCGACUCAUUGUGGGUUGGUUCUAAGGUCACAGACAAAAUUAAAGAACAUACACUGGCUUCCAGUAAGAGAAAUAUAAUUAGGAGAUUAGCAUAUGAUAAGAAGUUUCGAUGGUGGUGUGUGGUGGUGAUGCCCUUCAUCGCGUUCUAUGUCACCGGCCUGGUACUGGAGAUGGAGGUGUUCUUCCUGCUCAAGAUGUUCAUUCUUAUCUGCUUCUAUGCAUUACUGCAUUUUGUUUCAAACAUACUAUUUGACGAUGAAUUGAAGAACAUAUUUCCUCUCAGUGUAUACCUGGCCACAAAGGUGUGGUUCUACAUCACGUGGGCGGUGUUCGUGUGGCCGGUGGUGAGCGCGUGGGCGUCGGCCGCCUUCGUGGGCUGCUCGGGCGCGCUGUGGGUCACGUUCCUGCGCUCGUGGCGCAGCGACCCCGGCGUCAUCACCGCGUCCAAGGCCGACAAGUUCCAGGUGAGUGCCGCGCGUGGCGAGCCGCGUCCCGCGCCGGAACUACGUCUCACGCCCGCUCUCGCCGCAGACCAUCAUCGAGCUGUCGGAGUCGGCGCGCGGCGGGUUCGAGCCGGCGCGCUUCUGCUCGGCGUGCCUGGUGCGGCGGCCGCUGCGCUCCAAGCACUGCUCCGUGUGCAACCGCUGCGUGGCCAAGUUCGACCACCACUGCCCCUGGGUCGGCAACUGCAUCGGCGCGCGCAACCACCGCUACUUCAUCGGGUUCCUGGCCAGCCUCGUGGGCAUGUGCGCCUGGAUGCUGUGGGGCUGCUGCGCCUACUGGGCGGCCGAGUGCGGCGCCGCCGGGCCCGGCCUGGAGCGCCUGCUGGGCUGGGCGCGCUGCAACGCCUGGCUGGCCUGGGUCGCGCUCAACGCCGCCUUCCACCUCUUCUGGGUCUCCGUGCUGCUCUGCUGCCAGCUCUACCUGGUGGUGUGCCUCGGCAUGACGACCAACGAGCAGCUGAACCGCGGCCGCUACCGGCACUUCCAGGCGCGCGGCGGGCGCUCGCCCUUCUCGCGCGGGCCGCUCAACAACUGCGCCGACUUCUUCCAGUGCCGCCUGUGCGGGCUGCUGGCGCCGCGCGCGCGCGACUGGGCCGCGCCCGACGAGCCCGCGCCCGAGCCCGAGCCCGAGCCCGAGCCCGAGCACGAGCGCGCGCCCAUGCUGCAGCACUACGUGUGAGCCGUGUGCGCCCUCCCCGCGCCACCCCCGCCCGCGCCCGCGCCCGCCUGCUGCGUGCCUGCGAGAUGCGAGUAAAUUAUAUUAAAAGAAUGCCUUAUGUGUGUGGACGAGCUGCGGGCGCGGGAUCGGAACGCGACGUGGCGUGCGGCGGUGGUCGCUUUCCGUUCCUGUUUUGUAGAUGUGGAAGAACGUGGCGGGCGGAGUCGCCCGGGUGAUUGAAUGUUGCGUGCGAGCGACCAUAGUACAAAUGUAAUGUCGCGGGCGGUGUGUUGUGCGAGACGGUUGCGCGGAGCGUUCGCCGGCCGCGUCUCGCCGCCGUUCGACGAGGGCUUCGCUUACUUAAUUUUUGAGAGAUUUCAAUUAUGACAUCGACGUUGUCCUCGGCCGGACCGCACUCUCCGUUGUGAUGGUGACGCUUCGAUCGAGCGGAAGUCGGCCUCCGCUCUUUUUGACGAACAAAUAGGAUAAUAAUUAAGUGCAUAAUAUUUUUGUACAUACCUAUAUUUUUGCUAGUUGAAAAUUCCAGUGUUACCUCCUCAGUAGUCUAUGAUGAUGUUAAGGAUAUUCUCAAACUGGUACGUCAAGCUCUAAACACUGAAAAUUGGUAUUCUGUUUUGCGAUUGUCUUUCGUGUGCGUGCUCGGUGUCGGUGAGGUUUCGCGACUGUCGCGGCUGAGCUUUGGCGUAGGCUGUGUGUGUAGCAAAUGUAUGUACACUUACAUUUAAUUAGAAUCGCCGUUAAGCUAAAGAGCACAUUAGGUAAACUUUACGGAAGAUUGUUGAGAGAUCUUUCGAGUUGUCAGUGUCUAUCGGAAAUUGUUUUUAUCUAAGUUCGUUUUACAAAACGCUUGACUAACAGAAGCCCUUGUUCGUGAAACAUACCAGUUUCGAAUCUAAUACUGUGUUAAUGCAAAUAUAGUAAGUUGUAUCCGUCAGAGUUGCCGGGCUUCGGGCGCGGGCGCACGAAUGUCGUUGCUUUGCAGAUUAAAACAGUAUUAGAUAUUGUAUGUAUAGUGAUAAUCAAUGUACAUAUUAUUAUAUUAUAGUUAUCGUUUAAUCAUCGUAAAGUAUUUUUAAAUCACAAAUGUAACUGUUCUGUGAAGCUUUUGUCUACUUUUAAAAUUCCUAUUUAGAAUCGUAAAUAUCGUAUCGUACGCGGGGCCCUCACGGGCCCCCGUUGUAGGCUAGACUCGAAACGAAAGUGAGAGCUUAAGAAGAUAUCACUUAUAUGUAUAUGAAAUUUUCUAUUGAUUGUGUACGUCUCGUACUCUAUCACUUGACCGCGCGCGGCGGCCGCCCGGGUCCCGUCCGGGCGGCUCCCGGUGGCGCCGAUAAAUAACGUUUAUUAACGUUUAAUAUACAACAAUGAAACCAAAAUGCAUUUGAACUAUUAUAAUAAAAGAGUUAUAAUCGUGA